GGCGUAUUGUGCUUGGUUAAAUUGAUAAUAAAUAUUUCGUAUUCGAUUCGUUUCAUUUGCUAUUCGCUCGAUUAACAUGAACGAUCCAAUUGUCUCCGUGGAGUUCGAGGUGUUCGGAAAGGUCCAAGGCGUGAACCUGCCGAAGUACUGCAAGGAUUUGUGCGAGGAACGAGGCGUCAGCGGUUGGGUGAAGAACACCAAGAAAGGGACCGUACAAGGGAAAUUCCAAGGGCAAAAAUCGCGAGUGGAGCAAAUGAUUAUGUGGCUGUCGAACACCGGGUCUCCAGGUAGUACGAUCGAAAGGUGCGACCUCAGCAAUUGGCAGAAUCUCGCCAGGCCGGACUAUCAGGGUUUCCAAAUUAGGUUUUAGCCGGUUAUAAUACUUUUUUUUACUGUUCCCUUUUUCCAAAAAGUUCCGGCUCGUUCCGGACUUGUUUCGCUCGCGCGACGGAUACUUUAGAGAUAUUUUUUUUACGAUUUUUCGCUCGUCGGUUGGAGAGUAAGCGGCGUGUAAAGAAACUGCAUAGUGUUUGUAGCG